CACACACACACACACACACACCCAAAAAAAAAAUGAACAGCGACGGUAUCAACAACCUGCCCCUCGACGCCCAGCAGAUGGACAUCGCUAUUGAGGGUCAGUCAUCGGGCAAUGCUCCUGAGGCGACACCGACGGAUCAAGAAAUCUUGGCUCAAAUGAACGAGCACCGACGGUCGCUGAAAGAAAAAAAAGCCGACAUUAGCCGCUAUCUUGCCCUCUCGGCGGAUGGCGAUGAUGUGGUAGAAAAAGAGCAAGCCCAUGAAGAGGUCAUCCGCGAGCUGAAUGCGCUCGAAAAGCGAAUCCGCCUACUCAUUGAGUCCAUUGAAGACAGGGCUUCGCUUAAUGAAGCGUUGGCUCUCGAAGAAUCGCUGAAGGUGACAAAGAGUAUGCCGCGAUUUAAAAACGGCGGUGAUCCUCGGGCGUUCCUGGACCAAGUGAAGCACACUGUCUGCGCGUGCGUGGGAGAUGACAUGUUUGAGGACCAAUGCAGCCGCUACUUGUCGCACCUCACCGUGAGCCCCUUCCACAGUCAAGCCCUCAAAGAAGAGUUUGCAAAGAGAUCGAAGUCGAAGCUGACCUGGGAUGAGUGCGAAGCGAUCUUCCUUAAGAUUGCAUUAACCGAACAAGAGCGCAUUGAGCAGAUAAAACAACUGUUGAUAACUGGACGAGAAAAUAGAGAAUCCUAUCGCCAGUUCGCAAUGCGUAUUGCUCGAGACAUUCGCAUUUAUGGUGUCAAGGACGAUAAUGAAAUGGUGCUCACAUUGUUGAGUGCCACCAUGUCUCCUGAUGCUCUUAAUAACAUGGUCACUCGCCUUCAUGUUGAGAAGGGAGCCUCGGCCGAUUUCACCUCUAUCAACGAUUUUACAAGAGUUCUUAGUGGUUUGGUCGGACCGCAUGCACACGUCAACAGGGACGCUAACGGUAACCCUGUCGAUACCUCGACGGGCGCCUCACGCAACAAGCACAACAAGGGAGCAAACCGGUUCUCCCCGGCAAGCAAGAAACACGAGCCAAAGGAGAUGUUCCGCGGCUCCAAUAACCGAACAAGCCAGUUGUUUGACUGCAAGCACUGUGGAAUGAACACAACCCACGAGACUGCAGGUCAUAAGCAGUGCUUCAAGUGCGGCCGACGAGGCCACAUCGAGGCCGAAUGCCGCGGAGACAGACAUAUGUCUCCACUGUCUGGUUCCUACAAGCCUAACCAAGGACGAAAGUGAAAAGUGGAGAAGAUGGUGCAGUGUAAAAAGCAAAAUAAAAAAUAAAUAUAAUAACC